AUGAACCAGUCCACGGUUGAAUGGAGAGCUGAGAGUGUGAGCAACACCUCGGUUAACCUGUCCAACCACGCUUGCCCAUUGGGCUUUGGCCACUACGACGCAGUUGACGUUUGUGUCCUCGAGACUGCCAUCAUCGUGUUGCUGACAGUUCUGAUCAUAGUGGGAAAUCUGAUGGUGAUCUUUGUGUUCCACUGUGCCCCACUCCUUCACCAUUACACCACGAGCUACUUCAUCCAGACCAUGGCCUAUGCAGACCUACUUGUUGGGGUAAGCUGCUUGGUUCCUGCACUCUCCCUCCUUCACUAUCCCACGGGUAUGCAGGAAUCUCUCACCUGCCAGGUUUUUGGCUACGUCAUUUCAGUGCUGAAGAGUGUGUCCAUGGCUUGCCUGGCUUGCAUCAGUGUCGACCGCUACCUUGCCAUUACAAAACCACUCUCCUACAGCCAGCUAGUCACCCCGUGCCGUCUUAGGCUGUGUAUCAUUCUCAUAUGGAUAUACUCCUGUGCAGUUUUCCUGCCCUCAUUCUUUGGAUGGGAGAAGCCAGGCUAUCAUGGAGACAUAUUUGAAUGGUGUGCUACCUCUUGGGAAACCAACGCUUACUUCACAGGCUUCAUAGUCUGUUUGCUGUAUGCCCCUGCUGCCUUCAUCGUCUGCUUCACCUACUUCCACAUUUUUAAAAUCUGCCGGCAGCACACCAAAGAAAUUAAUGAGCGCCGUGCCCGGUUUCCCACCCAGGAUGUGGAAGCUGCUGAGGGUGGGCCCAGCCCUGACCGGCGCUACGCAAUGGUCCUGUUUCGGAUUACAAGCGUCUUCUACGUGCUGUGGCUCCCCUACAUUCUUUACUUCUUGCUGGAGAGCUCCCGUGUGCUGGAGAGCCCCUCGCUGUCCUUCGUAACGACGUGGCUUGCCAUCAGCAACAGCUUCUGCAACUGUGUCAUCUACAACCUCUCUAAUAGCGUCUUCAGGCUGGGCUUGAGGAGACUGUCACAAACGGCCUGCUCACUGUGCCUGCCUUUGGGGGACGAGACGGCGAGAGAUCCCAAACCCAGGAAACGGGCCAAUUCCUGCUCCAUCUAA